AUGCGGCCCAUUUUGUCGGGGCGGGUUAGUUAUCUCGGCUGCUGCUCUGUCGGACGGUUGGUUGUGUUCGUCGUUGGCUACUGUCUGACUGAAAUGGCCCAGGAGUUGGUUCAAAUCAAUCCCGGCACUCAAGUCGAGCGCUGGACUGUCACGAAGAAGUUGGGAGAAGGUGGUUUCGGUAAGUGCCUGCGGAAUGUCCCGAUUUUGGAGGGGUUUGUGGAGGAGAAUUCGUGGAUUUGACGACCAAUUUCUGGCUUCCAGGUGCCGUCUACAAGGUGUCCGACCCCACCGGAGAGUAUGCGUUGAAAGUGGAAGGUGCGAAUGAGCAGAUCCAGGUCCUCAAGAUGGAGGUGUACGUGUUGACCGAGCUGACCAAACGAGGAUCCCGGCACUUCUGCAAGAUUGAGGACAAGGGACGCUUCGGCAAUUUCAAUUAUGUGGUCAUGACUUUGGUGGGCAAAUCCCUGCAGGAUCUGAGGAAGGUGGGUCAAUGGGAGCGAUCGUUUUUGUGAUGGGGUUCUAAAUUUGGAAUGGGGCCUAAAUUUGGGCCAAUUCUGACCAGUUUCCGCAAAGUUAUAAGUUGUGGCCAGAAUAAGGAAUUUUUACCUUUUGAUUUCUUUGACGGUUUGAAUCGUAAUUUGUUUAAUUUUCACCAUAAAAUUCGGGACUUUCAGGAAGGUCCAGGCCAGCACAUGAGCAUGGGCACAGCCAUCGGAUGCGGGAUCCAGUCGCUGGAGGCGUUGGAGGAUCUGCACAACAUUGGCUACCUGCAUCGCGACGUGAAGCCGGGCAAUUACACGAUUGGCCGCGCCGAACUCGGCGAACUCCGCAAGAUCUACAUUCUCGACUUUGGAAUGUGCCGCAAGUUCACCAACGAUCAGGGAGUCAUCCGAAAACCGCGCGCCGCAGCCGGAUUUCGUGGAACCGUGCGCUACGCACCCAUCUCGUGCCAUUUGCAGCGCGAGCUGUGCCGCAAGGACGACUGCGAGACCUGGGUGUACAUGUGUGUGGAGCUGACCACCGGAAACUUGCCGUGGAAGAAUGUCCAGGACAUGAACCAGGUGAGUCGAUGCUGGGGAGAGAUACGGGUUUUUGGAACAUGGGUUUUAGUAGUUUCAUUCACACCGAAUCGAAAAAAAUCGACCGAUUUUUUUUGGUUUUAAAAAUGAAAAUUUGGCGAAAAUAGCCGUUUUUGACGUAAACAAUGAGAAUUUGGCCGAAAUAUUCACAAAAAUUUCAUUUCUAUUUUUAUUCUUCUACAUUGAAUUUCAGGUCGGUGAAUACAAGAAGCGCUGCCGUACCCCGCAAGGUCUGCAGGAGCUGUUUGCCGGCUGUCCCCGCGAAUACAUCGAAGUCCUCCAAUACGUGGACUCGCUCAAGUACUACGACGCCCCCAACUAUCAGAACAUCUACGCGAUCAUGCGCCGCGCCUUCACCAGCAUGGGCGUCCAGGAGUUCCCCUACGACUGGGAGAAGGGCCCCGGUUUUUAG